GAAUAAGGAACUCAAAUAGUUCUCUAGAUUCUGGAUAGAUGUAAGAGCGACCUGGUGUUUGGAAAAGGCUUGCGAUGGUGUUUUCCUGGCAAGAAGAUCCUGGAGCCCAGUGCCUGCUGCUCUCGCUUCUGCUCCUCGCAGCCUGGGAGGCAGGGAGCGGCCAGAUCCACUAUUCGGUCCCCGAGGAGGCCAAACACGGCACCUUCGUGGGCCGCAUCGCGCAGGACCUGGGGCUGGAGCUGGCGGAGCUGGUGCCGCGCCGGUUCCGGGUGGCGUCCAAAGGCAGAGAGGACCUUCUGGAGGUAAAUCUGCAGAAUGGCGUUUUGUUUGUGAAUUCUCGGAUCGACCGGGAGGAGCUGUGCGGGCGGAGCGCGGAGUGCAGCAUCCACCUGGAGGUGAUCGUGGACAGGCCGCUGCAAGUUUUCCAUGUGGAGGUGGAGGUGAAGGACAUUAACGACAACCCCCCGGUAUUUCCAAUGACAGUAAAGACUAUCCUUAUCUAUGAAUCCCGACAGCCUGGCUCUCGGUUUUCGCUAGAGGGCGCAUCAGAUGCCGAUAUUGGAACAAAUUCAUUGUUGACUUACAGCCUUGAUUCCAGCGAAUAUUUUACCUUGGAAGUUAAAAGAAAUGAUGAGGAAAUUAAAUCCCUUGGACUUGUGUUGAAAAAACUUUUAAAUCGGGAGGACGUUCCUAAGCAUCAUUUACUCAUAAAGGCUGUUGACAGUGGGAAACCAGAGCUCACUGGCACGACUCAACUGGAGAUCACCGUUCUAGAUGUAAAUGACAACGCCCCAGCGUUUGAGAGAACGGUCUAUAAAGUCAGAUUGUUCGAAAAUGCACCAAACGGUACCAUAGCUGUUAUCGUUAACGCCUCUGAUUUGGAUGAAGGAGUAAAUAAGGACAUUGUAUAUUCUUUCAAUACAGAUAUGUCUGCAGAUAUUCUGUCGAAAUUCCACAUAGAUCCGGUCAGUGGACACAUCAGUGUAAAGGGUAGCAUAGAUUUUGAGGAAACUAAGUCAUACGAAAUGCAGGUGGAAGCGACGGAUAAAGGAAAUCCCCCACUGGCAGAUCACUGUGCGGUUCUAGUGGAAAUUGUGGACAUCAAUGAUAAUGUACCUGAGUUGGUUAUCAAGUCACUAUCAUUGUCUGUAUUAGAAGACACUCCACUUGGCAGCGUAAUUGCCCUGAUCAGCGUGUCAGACCGCGACUCAGGUGUCAACGGACAGGUCACCUGCACCCUGAUGCCCGACGUCCCAUUCAAGCUGGUGUCCACCUUCAAGAAUUACUAUUCUUUGGUGCUGGACAGCGCCCUGGACCGCGAGGGCAUAUCUAACUACAAGGUGGUGGUGACAGCGCGGGACGGGGGCUCGCCUUCGCUGUGGCCUGUUGGUGCUGACGCUGCUGCUGUACACGGCAUUUCGGUGCUCGGCGCCCCCCACCGAGGUCGCGUGCGGACCUGGGAAGGCCACGCUGGUGUGCUCCAGCGCGGUGGGGAGCUGGUCGUACUCGCAGCAGAGGCGGCAGAGAGUGUGCUCUGGGGAGGGACCGCCCAAGGCCGACCUCAUGGCUUUUAG